GGUAUUUCAAUAUAUAAAAUGUAGUUUCGCAUCAAGAAUUUUCGUCAAUACAAAAGUGACACCACUAGUAACGCAGUUGUCAUUUUUAAAAAUAACGAUAAAGGCAUUUUACCGAUCAAUAUAUUUUGGAUAUAACAAUAAUAAGAAAGUUCAAAAUGAGUUCCGAUAUGUAUAACCCGAAGGCGGUCGAUCAGUUGACCAAGCAGCGAGGGAUUUGUAUGAGCAAGGACUGCGAUGUACGGAAAGUGUACAUUCUACUGCGGGACUGUCAACACAGAGUGAAGUCGAAGCCCUACACAGCCGAGACGUGCCACCAGGAAACAGUGGACCUCUUAGAGGCGUUAGACCGGUGCGUCGCGGACAAAGCGUUCGUCAAGUUCGCAUGAGUUGUCAUUGUUAUCUAUAUAUAUAAAAAUCAAUUGCUGUUCGUUAGUCUCGCUAAAACUCGAGAACGGCUGAACGGAUUUAUCUUAUCUUGGUCUUGAAUUAUUCGUGGAGGUCUAGGGAAGCUUUAAAAGGUGAGAAAAAUUCGAAU